GCCGUCUGCUGCGCUGCAAUAAAAGUUUCCCUUCAUUCAAUUAUUUGCCUUUGUACGUAUACUCUCUCUGUUGUGAAUUUCGUCAUUCAUUAACGUUUGGGAACUUUCAGUUUUGUGUUCAUCCAUCCAUUUAAUCCAUUGUGUAAUUUACCAUCCAUUUAUCCCUUCCAUUUCCUUUACGAAGUGCUGAAUAGUCCUGAAAUUUUCUUUUGAACAUUUUUAAUAUAAUUACCGCUGGAAAUGGUAAUUAAACCGAAUUCCUCCACGAGCAACUCCCAGGUCAAUAUUUCUGACCGCGAAAUCAUCAUAUUGAUCUUGGAGUUCCUGGAGUCGAAAAAUUUAAACAUAUCGCAGAUAUCUCUGGAGCGGGAGACUGGAAUUGUGAAUGGCGCUUUCUCUAACGAAAUCCUGUUUUUACGAGAUUUGAUAAUCGAGGGCUCGUGGGAUGAUGCAGUCGAUUACGUUGAACCACUCCAACAGGCCGCUGUUUUUGAUUAUAUUUACUUUAAGAAGAUUGUUUACCGUUAUAAGUAUCUGGAACUGCUCUGCAUAAAGAAUGAAGUGGGAAACACCAAGUUCUCCGAAGAAGCUGCGGUGAACUGCUUGCGCGAGCUCGAGACCGUAUGCGAAAAAGCGGAACUGAAUGAGUACCGUUUGCUGCUGUCGUACGGAACCAUCCAGGACCAUCCGGACUUUCGCGACUGGAAUCCAUCCAGUGCUCGAGUCAAAUGUUUUCGAGAGAUUCGCCCGUUAGUGGAAACCGUGCUACAGAUUGGCACUCCUUCUCAAGGUGAAACGAAUGUGAGCCCCCCUGAUCGUUUGGUUCAUCUCUCACUUGCCUGCAAGACAGAUGAUCUGCGAAUUAGCCAGAAUUUUCGGCGGCCCGGCAACUCACGCUCUGCUCGUGCCGCUUUGGUUAACGAAAAUACCACCAAGCUGCAAGAAAGGAAGGUCGAUAUGCCUGACCAUCGACAGAAUACUGGCGAACCGUUGUCUCCAAUCGAAGAGAACAUUAACAGUUUCAGCGAUGUCGACCAUGGGACAGAGCCUGUAUCCCAGCGACGCGAGCAAGACGAAGAUCGAAAGCGCGUCAUGGAGGAUUGGCAUGAACGUGAUCGGUUGCGAGAUCUCCUAGUUGCCGAAAUAAUGGGCAGCGCGCAGUCAAAGGUUUCUUCGCCCGCAGUAGUGCAGAAUGAUCGCAACGUUGGCAGCCCGUUGAUCAGCAGGCGUUUAGAAACUGCGCAGAAUCAAAAUGUUGUUACUCCCAUCGGACUGGAUCGAGCCUACGUACCGACCGGUGAUAUUAUGCGCGGAAAAGAUAUUCCUAUAUCAGGUCCUGACAGAAUCAAAGGUCAGUCGGAAAAAUCAGCAUCCUCAGAGAACUCAACGUUACAAGCAGUCAUUCCACGUCUCGAAAAUCGAUCAGAUACUCUUUUGUCCGAUAAUACAUCUACUGGUUAUCACUCCCGUUCACCGUCUGCCUCGAUCGAUUUCGAAACUGAUACUCUGCGUUUCGUUCCCGUUCAAAUUGUGGAGGACGAAGCUUUUGUUCGCUGUGCAGCAUUUCAUCCAGAUGGAAGCUGUUAUGCGGUUGGAAGUAAUUCGAAAACAUUAAGAAUCUGUGAAUAUCCAGCUCAAAUGAAUGCGCGAUUAACAGAGCACCGGGAGCAACCGCACAAUGUAAGAAUUUUGGACAGCCGUAUCAACUACCAUAAAGGGUCUCUAUUCUGUUUGGCGUGGAGCUUGAAGGGAACACUGAUUGCUUCUGGUUCAAACGAUAAAAUUAUUAAACUGUCUCGGUUCGACCCGCAGACGAAGAUAUUACAGGAAGGCAAUAUGGAGUUGCGCGUGCAUGACGACACUAUUCGGGAUGUGAUCUUCUUGGAAGAUACUCGUACGUCUUCCGCGCUGCUGAUGAUAUCUGCCGGUGCUGAUAACAAGAUCUUCGCUACCGAUUGUCAUACGGCCACAAAAUUGCACAAAUUUGGCGAUCAUUCUGCGCCAGUACUGUCGUUACACUCAUGGACUCGUGGGAUGUUCGUUAGCGGCGCUCAGGACAAAACGUGCCGUUUGUGGGAUCUGCGUACGCUCUCAGCUGUUAAAACUUUCAGAAACAGUGACGGAUUACCAGAUAGCACGGUCACCUGUGUGAGAGUGGACGUGAUGGGGAAGGUCAUGGCAACAGCUCACGAAAGCGGAGAAUUGAGCCUCUGGGAUUUACGAGCUGGACGGGUACUACAAGUGUCCAAACCUCAUAGUAAAGACAUACGUGGCCUAAGUUUUUCUCCGGCAUCAAACUUUUUGCUGACAGCGUCUUACGACUCAAAAGUCCGCGCACAUAACUUGGAAGGCAAUUUAUUCGAUCCAUUACCGAAUGUCGUUGUUGCGUCGCAUGCCGACAAGGUUAUCCAGUGUCAUAUGCAUAUGGUUGACAAAUCCUUUCUGACCACAAGUGCGGAUAAAACCUGUGUGCUUUGGGCCUAUCCGGAUGAAUUGCGAUAGUAUCACUGGCAUUUCCAGAAGGUUACGUCUUUUCGUUUCCCUAUGAUAGCAAAAUAAUCUCAUGUGUCCCAGUCCAAUGUUUGAAAUGUUGAAUAGACAGAUGUUCCUUGUUUCGCAGCGUCUUGCCUUUUUCAGCCCUUGCUCUUGUUCUCUAGUCAGGUGCUUUUGUAUAUUUUGAAGAUAAACCCUAUUCUGUACGACAACAAAGUUCCUACUGUAUAGGUAAGCAUUUUUCUUUUCAUUUGAAGUGUUUGUAAAAUUAUUAGUUAAUUUAUUGAAAAUGAAUAAAUCGCCGAGAGG